UUUCUCCUGGUUUCAGCAAAUGAGCCUCACACAGAAUGACCUCACAGAGAUGGAUGCUGGCUGUCUGCUUCUCACUGGCCUCAGUUUUAGGGACAGGUGAAUCAGUCUCAACAACAGAAACUCAGAAAUACACUUGCAAAACAUUCGGCAGUGGGGUCAUCCAGCCUUUCAACGGUUCGGCUUUCUAUGUGCAGUCCAACUGCCCAUUCACCCUCACCCGCUUCACCCACAACCUGGUAGAAUGUGACAUCACCACACGGCGAAGUGACAGCGGGCUGCUGGACCAAGUUGAGAUCAUCAUCAACAAAAUCAGGACGGUCGUGCAGAAUGGAAUCAUACUGUUGGAGAGUAAAAGAAUUUCCCUUCCAUACGACCACACCUACCAGCAUAUUUUUCAAUAUGGCAUCUACACUAAACUAAGAAGCUCUCUGCUUCCUCUGUCUGUGAUGUGGCACAAUGUACCUGGAGGAAUAGACACUCUGAGGGUGGAGCUAGAGCAGGAGCUGAGAACUGACAUGACCGGAAUAUGUGGAAAACACAAUGUCCCAGGCAACAAGCAGCAGUUGAUUACGGAGAGCAUGCUUAAUGAGGACACAUGUCACACUCGAGAUCCUGUCUUUGCUGUGAAUCCAGUAUGCAGACAGUUCUUUUCCUACACCUUUGAUUGUCUGCAAGACCGGACGCCUCAUUAUAUCCAACUCUGCGAAGAGAAUAUUUACAGCUAUCAAGACAGUAAAUACAUCGGCUGUGCUUUCUUCAAAGAAAUUAUCCAGCAGUGUGGAAACAACAGCCAUGCUUGGAACACAUGGAGAACUUUAACCAGAUGCACACCACAGGGUUGUCCAGGAGACCUGGUUUAUGUAGAACAGGGCGCUGCCUUUGUUCCCAGCUGCUCCAACCCAAACCUCAGAUUCUCCGACCAGGAUCUCACAAGCUCCUGUGUCUGCCCAAAGGGUAAGGUGCUUAAUGAUCAUGCAGAUGGCUUCCACUGUGUGAAUGUGUCCAACUGCCCGUGUGUGUUUGCUGGCAAGAGCUACUUAACUGGAGACAUGCGUAGGACCAAUUGUCAGUCAUGUGUGUGUGAGGGUGGGAAGUGGCAUUGCUCUGAAUACAUCUGCCCUGCCCAAUGUCUCAUUGAAGGGCAAUUUGUGACAACAUUUGAUGGAAAACAAUAUGUUGUCCCUGGUAAAUGUACAUAUGUGGUGUCACAGGGUGUUAAUUGGACAAUAACUAUUCAGUUUUCUGAAAAGGACGCGUGUCUGAAAACCGUUGUCCUUCAGCUUUUUCAGGAAAUAUAUACAUUCUCACACAACACUGUUAAAGUGGGAGAGGAGGCGAUUACUGAACUUCAUCAGUCUGAUCAUGCCCAGGUUUUCUGGCAGUCCUCCAUGUACGUCCAAGUCCAGACAUCUUUUGGUAUGAAGAUCCAAGUCCAGAUGUCUCCUGAAAUCCAGCUCUACAUCACUCCACCCAGAAACCACACUGGCAUAAUCCCAGGUCUUUGUGGCAACAGCAAUAAUGACACAACAGAUGACUUCACCACCAGCAGCGGGAUCAUUGAGAACUCUGCACAACCUUUUGCUCUGUCUUGGAGUGUGGGCACUUGUGCAGUGAACAUACCCAGCACCUGCAUCAACACAAACAAUGAAAUAUUUGCUGAUGAAAAAUGCUCUGUGUUAAACAACCCAACCGGGGUAUUUGCUAAGUGCCAUGGUCAUAUCCCAACUGAUCAAUUCCACAACGCUUGCAUCCAAAGAACCUGUAACUGUGGCAGCAAUUUGCAGCAGUGUUCAUGUGUUGCUCUGGGCAGCUAUGCCAAAGCCUGCGCCAUUCUGGGUGUAGCAGUUGGUGACUGGAGGAAAGCUACGAACUGCACUCUUAAAUGUGAAAAGAACCAAGAAUUCUCCUAUGACAUGCGGUCCUGCAACCAUACAUGCCAUUCCUUGUCUGGCCCUGACCCUCGCUGUUCUUUGGAUGAUGCUCCUGUGGAGGGCUGUGGUUGUCUGGAAGGAACUCACCUCAACCAAGGACACAUAUGCACCCCAAAGGCAGAGUGUUUAUGUCACCACUAUGGCGGUACAACGCCGCCAGGGCCCGUUGUAAUUGACGGACGACAGUGCCUCUGUGAGAAUGGAGAACUGCACUGUUCCAAGGACUGCGGUUGCAGAAAUGGGAUGGUUUGUGUUCACUGCUCAGAGUACCCAGUUAAAACGGCUCAGAAAACCUGUGACAGUCUCAGCAAACCACUGAGUGUUAGUAUGACCUGUGAGAGUGGCUGUUACUGCCCACAUGACCAGUAUGAGGAUCACCGUGGAUACUGUGUUUCUCUGGACAACUGCACUUGUGUGUACAGUGGCAAAGUGUAUGGCGCAGGACAGCAUGUCAAAACAAACUGCAAAACAUGUAUUUGUGAGCAGGGUCAUUGGCACUGCAAAGAUGAGCCAUGUCCUGGGAAGUGUCAAGUAUAUGGAAAUGGACAUCACCAGACCUUUGACUCUAGAUGGUACCGCUUUGAUGGACACUGCCAGUACAUACUUGUAGAGGAUUACUGUGGAAAAGCAAACGGCUCAUUCUCAGUCAGAGUGGAGAGUGUACCCUGCUGUGAUGAGGCACUGACCUGCUCUCGCUCUAUUGUCCUGGACCUGCAGGGCAUAGUCACCCUGACACUGAGCGACAUGAGGGUGACCAGACACCACCAAAAAGGCUGGACUCUGCAAGAAGAUUCACUUUACUCCAUACACACCGUGGGACUCUACAUCAUAAUCUCAGUGCCGAACAGAGGGAUAACUCUCAUCUGGGACAAACACACCAGGAUCACCAUUGAGCUGAAUCCGAACUGGAGGAACCGAGUGUGUGGCCUCUGUGGGAAUUUUGACUCCAAUGAGAUGAAUGACAUACAGAUAAGUGGCUCAGCAGUGGUGUCCAGUCCCCUGGCCUUUGGCAACAGCUGGAAGGCCGCUACACCUCCUUGUUCUGAUGUCACCACUGAGAAAUUUCCAUGUGAACGCAACUCCUACUGCUCAGCCUGGGCCCAGCGCCGCUGUAUGAUCAUUACAGCAGACACCUUUAAAGACUGCCACUUAAAGGUGGACCCAGAGCCUUACUACCAUAGCUGUGUACAGGAGUCCUGCUCCUGUGAGUUUGAAGGGAAGUUUCUGGGCUUCUGCACAGCUGUGGCAGCCUACGCAGAGGCUUGCAGCGACCAGGAUGUGUGUGUCAAAUGGAGAACACCUGAUUUGUGUCCGGUCUAUUGUGACUACUACAAUGAGCAGGGCCAGUGUAGCUGGCACUAUGAAGCCUGUGGUGAGAUGCUAACCUGCGGCAAAGACAACAAUUUCACUCACAAGCUGGAAGGCUGCUACCCCAGAUGUCCAAAAGAUGCACCAUACUAUGAUAAAAAUACUGGUGAAUGCACCAAAAUGAGGAACUGCACCUGUUAUUUUAAUGACACAGUCAUUCAGCCUGGGACAGUGGUGAUGAUACAGUCUAAUAUGUGCCCCUGUGAAAAUGGAACAAUUAACUGUCUCACCCCUCCAGAACUGGUUACAGCAGUCACUACCAGCUUGCCCACCAAAUCAUCAAUAACUAGAAUGAAUACCACAUCUACAAUGACAACUGUUGCCUCAACAAAACCUACAACAAUAACAAAUACCACUGAAUCCAUCACAGAACAGGAAAUUGCAACAGCAUCAGUGUGGACACCACAAUCAAAGCCCUUAAAAACAGUUACACCAAGGGAUACUUCCUCAAUUCAGCCAACAACAAAACAUACAGAACAUACAGCAGCAACACUUCAAUCAAAAACCAACUUUCCGACAAACACUAUGCCUGCUGAAACCUCAGGUCCAACUGAUGUCACCAUCACAGAAACCUUCACUGAAACCUCUUCUUUAACCACGCAACCUACUACCACCUCCUCAAAGUCAACAACAUCUCACGGAGCGAUGUAUAAAUCUAUGACGGUGCAACCAACAACAUAUAGCACUGAGAUGUCCACUAGUAAAGGAUUUAUCAAUGCAACAUCUACAACUGAACUGACAACCUCUGGAGAGCCAGCCACAACCAUGACUAGUAUAAUAACAGAGAAAACAUAUCACAAUUCAGCACCCACAGCCUCAACACAGUCUACAUUUACAACAGUCAGUACUGAGUUGACUACUCACACAACAGUGUGCAUUGAGUGUACAGACCUGAAGAAGAGAAAAACCUGGGCCUGUGGUGAGAUGUGGACAGAGGACUGUUUCCAUAAGACCUGUACAAAUGGGAGGAUAGAGUUGACCCCAGUGGUUUGUCCAGAGCCUACAGUUCCCAUCUGUCCCAGAGAUAAGGUCACAAAAGUCUCAGACGGAUGCUGUGAAACAUGGAAAUGUGACUGUCGCUGUGAGUUAUAUGGGGACCCUCACUACAUAUCUUUCCAAGGUGUAACCUUUGAUUUCCUGGACAAAUGCACCUACAUCCUGAUGGAGGAGCGGUCACCACAACAUCAUCUGUCCAUUGCUGUGGACAACUUCUACUGUGUUCCAGGCCUCAAUGGCUCCUGUGCUAAAGGCAUCAUCCUGAAAUAUCAUAACAAUAUGGCUACACUAAGUAUUUUCCCAGAUUUGUUUACAGUACAGGCCACUUUGAACAAUGUGAUGAUACGGCCACCAUACGAGGAGCAUGGGUUGAGGUUUGAGACAACGGGGUAUGUGGUGUCAAUCUAUCUCCCAGAGGUCCGGUCUUAUGUCUCCCUAAGUCCAUUUUAUACCCUGGUGGUCAAUCUGGCCAUGGAACACUUCCUCAACAACACAGAGGGACAAUGUGGUGUAUGUGGCGGUGGUUCAUGCAUCCGUAGAGGAGGACAGAUCGAGGACAACAGCUGCUGUGAUAAGACAGCCUAUGACUGGGUAUACGCAGAUGCUCUGAAACCAGCCUGUGUUUCUGCACCAAGGGACGUACCCUGUCAUCCUGGGCCAUCUGUAGUACCCACUAACACACCCAUUUCCCACACCACCUGCCCUGCAAGCCCACAAUGUGAGCUGCUAGACCACCAGGUGUUUUUAAGUUGCAGGGAGUAUGUGAAUCUCAACCUUAAAAAGAAGAACUGUGAGUUCGAUUCAUGUGGGAAAACAGACAGUCAUUGCUCUUCUUUACAGCAAGCUGCUGAGGAAUGCAAAUCUGCUGGUAUCUGCAUUGAUUGGAGAGAACUGACUAAUGGAAGCUGUGAUGUGCCAUGUCCAAAAGGAUUGGUUUACAAAGAAUGUCAUAACAAGCUGGAUGACUUCUGCUAUGGAGGUGUGCGAUAUCCAGGGGCCUCCCUUGAAAAAAACACAACAGGUUGUUUCUGUCCCAGUGGCCAGUUCAGGGCAGGAAAUCACUCCAACAACUGUGUGUUUGACUGUCCCUAUUGUAAAGGACCACUUGGAGAGCCCAGACUUCCUGGUGAGGUGUGGCAGUCAAAUUGUAACCUGUGUAGGUGUAAUAAACAAACUCGGACAGAGGAGUGUUUUCCAAAACCCCCUGAGCCAGUUCCUCUCUGUAGCCCCAAUUCUGUUUUGGUAAAUACCUCUUGCUGUGGUGAUCAGACAUGUGUUGAGAAGAACUGCAGUUAUAAUGAAAAGACAUACAAGGUGGGAGACACAUGGAAAGAUGCCGCCCAUCCCUGCAUGUCGUUCAGCUGCAGCAAAGAGGGUGUUCAGACCUUGACUAGAGUCUGUCCCAGAGAAAACUGUCCUGAGGAGGACAGGAUUUGGGAUAACCAGCACUGCUGCUUUACAUGUAACCAGCUCUGUGCUCCCAAGGUGUCCAGCUUCAACAUCACCAUAGACAACUGUACCACCAUCAUAGAGAUGCCUGUGUGUCAGGGCCAGUGUGUGUCUCAGCCCAGGGUGGUGUUACACGGUGACCUACAGGUGGAGCAGAGAAGCAGGUCCUGUCAGGAGCGGAGCUCAGAGAGGAAGUCAGUGACUCUGCAGUGCUUCAACCACACUACCAGACACUACGUCUACAAGCAUAUCACCAACUGUGAGUGCAGAACCUGUGGUAUACUGCGCUGAAAAGUAUAGACAGCACAGCCCAAAACCCAGAAUUAACGAUUAUAUAAUGUAUCCA